AUGUCCAACCCUGGCCUCGUCCCGAGGACGGCUCCCAUUGCAAUUGCCCCCAAAACUUCACAUCGGAACCCCAGCCUGCCGUUUCGGCAUAGUCAUGCAAAUAAAGAAGACGCGUACAUGAGUAGUAUGGCCGGCAACGACUCGGCUGAUUCCGACUCGGCCCUAAGCGGGACCGUAACCCCGUGUGAGUCGUGCGCCCUCCGCGGAUCCAAGUGUGUCGUAGGUGAGGACGAGGAGAGGUGUGUGUCGUGCCAGACCCGGGGUGUCGAGUGUUCUUUAUGCCAAAGCCCGCCGCCUCGGAAAAGAAAGUUGGCGCGUGACCUGGCCGAUGAGAGCAAUGGCCAUAGAGGCUCACCUGGUCGGUCAGAUAACAGACGGCUGCGGCAACACGCGCCCAGUCUAUCCAGCACGGCCGCCAGCAAUUCCUUGAUUGAAGAAAUGGCCAACUUCGGAGGACCGACUUUCCUCAAGCGCACCCUCGGCCUUCAAGAAGACCGGUAUUGCCAGUAUAUCGGCCCGACGACGGAUUUCGAGCCUUCAUUGAUUAACCUCUCACCUUUCGACCCGCAGGACGAGAGCCUCCUCGCUCGAGGGACUCUCCGGAAAGUCAGUGAUCAUGACACCUUCUUGAUGCUGCCGGACGCCGCAACGCCUGGGUAUGACCACCAGUUCGAUGACGUAGACGAGAUUGAGCGUCUCGUCGCCCCCCAUGGCCGGAAGUUGCUUCAGCUCUACUUCGAAGUUGUUCACCCGGGCUUCCCUAUUCUUCAAAAGAAUGUCUUCAUGGAGAAGUACGACAGAAACUGCCACGAGUUCUCACCGGCCGUUCUGGCUGCCGUGUACAUCAUUGCCGUCAACUGGUGGGACCACUCAGAGGAGCUCUCGAAGUAUCAACGUCCAAACAUCCGCGAGCUAGAGAGACUAAUAAGGUCAUGUCUCGCUGAUGCUAUGUUCCGGCCCAAACUCUCGACGGUACAAGCUGGCCUGCUUCUUUCGCAGCGGCCCGAAGGCGAUCAAUGGGCACCAACCGCUCAGCUCGUGGCCAUCGCCCAGGAACUCGGUCUUCACCUCGAUUGCACGCAUUGGAAGAUCCCACCUUGGGAAAAAGGCCUUCGGAAGCGGCUGGCUUGGGGCCUCUAUAUGCAAGAUAAGUGGGGAGCGCUCGUCCAUGGACGACCAUCCCAUAUCUUCAGCUCGAACUGGACUGUACAACCUCUCGCUCCGAAUGACUUCUCUGAGGCCGAUUGCGACGAGAAUGACAUAGAGGGGAGACAGGAAAUCGAGCGUGGCCGGACGCUUUUCGUGCAAAUGGUAUACCUGUCUCAAGUCCUAGCUGAGAUCCUCGAGACCUUUUAUACCCUCCAGGCUAUGCAAAAUGUGACGGCUGCCGGCCCGCAAGGUACUCACCUCGUCCUAUCCCUGGCCAAACCAAUCCAGCUCAAGCUGAAGGAAUGGUACGCGGCCUUGCCGGCGGCCAUCCGUAUGGACUCCACAUUUCUUAGUAGUACCAUCUCUUCCAACCGGCUGUCCAGUAUCGGAUAUCUUCAUCUGGCAUAUUUUGCCACCGAAAUCACGCUCCAUCGCCGUAUCAUCCGGGCGCUGGCGUCCGACUCGCAGGCCAUCGAUCCAUAUCUUGAGCACAUAUGCCGGAGUGCUGCCAAGGCCCGUCUCAUCUCGGCCAUGGAUUUUGUCAACCGUCUCACCCCUCAGCAUCUGCGCGCUUUCUGGUAUUUCGCCUCCAAGACCAACUUCGCUCUCAUCGGGACUUUUGGUUCGCUUCUCUGGGCCACAUCCCCCGGUCGGGAGGAGGCCGAUUGGUAUCGACGGCGGCUUGGCGAAUAUCGAUGGACCCUUAGCGUGAGCAGUAAACCCGGCGAGAGCCAUCAGCUCACAGAGUUUGCCAUGGGGAUGCUCGACAUCUCAACCGGGCUGCUCAAGAAGCUCCCAGAGAAGCCCGAGCUCAGCCGCAACGGCAGCGCAGUCGAUUUCAGCAACGCCGGUAGACGGCACAGUCUUCUCUCGAUGGGUAUGAGCAGUUUCGUGGGCGACACGUUCAGCGGGAUCAACAGCGCCGAUAUCAGCGCGGCACAGAGCCCUGGGAGCCCCAUCGACAGCAGCGAUGACGAGGACUAUGACUACGAGACCUUCUCUCCCACUGGGGGAAUGGCGUCGAUGCACAGCUGA